AUGAUUCAAAGAAAUCGAGUAUCAAGUCAAUAAAAACUUCCAACUUUAGAUUUAUCAUCUACAAAUAGAGGAACUAUCGAAAGAUUAAGAGUUAAUGUAAUUAUGACAUUAUAUUUAUGUAGAUUACUGUUUAAUCAGGAGAUGCAUAAUUUAUUAGUUUUAGAUCCUUAAAUGAACAAAAUCCAAAGUUUCCCUUGCCUCAUAAUUCAAUUGAAUCCUCAUCUCAUUGGAAUUCAAGCAUUUAAAAUGAUUUAAGUUAGAAUAAGAAAAUAAUUCAAUUGUUAGGCAAAACCCUAUAUAAAUAGAAAUAUGAAUAUUAGGAAGUUUAAGAAACGUUAAUAGUAAUUAAUUUACAUAUAUUAAGAAAAAAAUGAGAACAAUGACUAGGAUGUAAAAAUAUGUUAAAAUAAUACCACAUAGAGUAGAACCAUUUUAGAAUUUAGAAAAAAUUGCUUAAACUGCUCAAUAACAGUAAGUUAAGAAAAAAGUAUCAUUUCCUAUGUUGUAUAAUGGAGCUUUUUUUACUAAACUUGAACAUAAAUGGAUACCUACAGUUAGAGAAAAUACAAUGGCAGCAGACUAUUAAAAGAGAAUUUAUAUUUUUGGUGGAAUAGGAAGUGAAGUUUUUGGUGAUAUGAUAGAAUAUGAAAUAUAAUUUGGUAAAUUUAGAGAACUUAAAUAAAAAGGAGAUAUUCCUUUAAAUAGAUAUGGACAUUGUAUGCAUUGUAUUGGUUAUCCUAUGUUAUUAUCUACUUAAUUUUCUUAUGAUAACAUAUAAUAAAGUCCAAUUAAUGGAAAAUAAUUGAUUAUUUAUGGAGGAGAAAUGCAAUUUAAUUCUGCUUUAAAAAUAAGAGAAAAUUUAAGUGAUACUAGAAUAUAUGAUAUUGAAAGUGAAACAUGGCAAUAACUUAAGCCUAAUAUAGAAAACAUUCCAGAAAGCAGACGUUCUUUUGGAAGUUGUAUAAUAGGUCGUGGUUUAUUAAUUAUGGGAGGUAUUCGAAGUAGAUUCUCAGUAUUUAAUGAUCUUCAUUACUUAAAUCUAAGUAUUUUAAUUAAAUCAAUUUAGGUUUAUGUAAAUGGACUCCCUUAGAAACCUAAAAGAGUCCCUUCAUUAAAGGAUUGGCAUUUUAACAAUUAGUUUGUGUAUAUAACAAACCUUAAUACGUUUUUGACAGAAGAGAAAUACGAUCUAAACAAAUUAAAAUUUAAGAUUAUGAAGGAGUCUAUUGUUUUGGUGGAUGUUUUAUUGAUGAAAAUAAAAACACUUAAUAUUAUAGUAACUUUGUAACUAUUCUGAAAUUCGAUUAACACUAUAAUAAUUGGAUCAUACCUGAAACUACAGGUAAACAACCAUUACCAAGAAUCUAACAUACUGCUACUUAUAUACAAGAUAUGAACAUAAUUAUCAUAUUUGGAGGAAGAGAUGAUUAAAAACCAAACCCAUAUUUUAAUGAUUUAUUUGCAUUCAAAAUUUUAGAUAAAGAAUGGGUUUAAUUAGAUCUUUUUGGAAGUAUUCCUAAACCUAGGGCUGCUCAUACUGCUAUUUCAUAUAUGAGUUAAAUUUUAUAUUUUGGAGGUGUUAAUCUUAAUGGGUAUGUUGAAUUUACUGUAAAUAUUGCAGAAUUUAACUAAAAUUAAAUUCGCCAAUUAGCAUCUGAAUAUAGAAUUCAUUAAUAAAAAAAUAAUUAAGAAUUUUAAUAAGAAGAACAAUUAACACAAUCCAUAAUCAAUAAAUAAUACUUUUCUUUACAUUAAAUCACUCCUGUAUAACCUUUAAAAAAAUUAACAAAAGCAGAAGAAUUAGAUUUACAAAUUAAAUAAUUGUCUUUUUAAAACUUUCCUAAACAUCUUAAAUGA